GUUGGCGCGAACCCGACUCAAAAUCAGUCAACGUGGCCAAAUUUAAACGGGUCGUUUCGGAAAUAUAUUCCAAAACCACUUGAUUUCUGAGCCCACGACGAUGGAGGCGUCUUCUUCUUCUCUGUGUCUGGUUCCAUCUUUGUGGACCGUUGGAUCAGAACCUCGUCAGAAGAAAUCGACGGUUAGUUUAGUUUCUCGGGGAAGAAGCAACGGUUUGAUGAUCAGUAACCGACGGCUCAAAACGCCGUCAGCUCUAGGUGAACUCGCUGACACGGUGGCGGAGACAGGCAAAUCGGAGAUUACGUGGCAAAUCAUAGUUGGAGCUGUCGCUGGAGUCACACCUUUCGUUGUUGCAGGUGUCGAAUUCAGCAAAAGAAUAAUUGAACAGAAGAGAUGUGAAGAAUGCAGAGGAACAGGACUUGUUUUUAGAGACAAGAAGUACUUUCGUUGUCCGGGAUGUGGUGGGUUUCUUCCAUGGCAGUCAUGGAGAAGAUUCUUUACAGGCUGAUGAUCUCUGCAUAUAUGAAAGCUAAGGGGAUAGAGAAAGAGGUUCUCUGUUACGAUUAAAUGAUCUUGUGUAUAUUUACAACUCGUUCUCCUGAUUUUCUUUUCUUACAAAUCAAACAAAUAUGGUGGGGGAUAAAUUAAAAUCAAGACCAAUAUUUCCCUCUCUCUAUAUCCUA